GCCACUACGGGCAGCUUUGAGGCAUCAGGUCUGAUGAACAUCAGUCUGAGUCAUAUACAGAGCGAAGUCUCCAACGGUCGUCGCACGCUUGUAACCGUUCAGUUCGGUCACAAUGAUAUGAAAAUCGCUCCGCCCGAAAGCAUGGGCCAGAACCUCACUGAAAUGGUUCACCAAAUUCGUGCCGUUGGUGGUGAACCCGUGCUAGUGACCAGUCUGACACGCCGAAAUUUCUUCGCGAAUGGAACUUUGGACGACGUGCUGGAGCCGUGGGCUGAAGAGACCACCGAAAUUGCCAAGGAGCAGCAUACUCACCUGCUUGAUCUGCACAAAUACUCCAUGGACUACGUCCAAGCGAUUGGCGCGAAUUCAUCACACUGUCUGAACCGGACGCCCGACGAUAAUACCCAUCUGAAUGCGAACGGGACUAUCGUGUUUGGCCGGUCAGUG